AUGGAGGCAGAGAGGUUGCACGGGCCCCGUCUCCAUCGGUGUCAUCCGUGGAGGGAGAGCAUGCAACGGCUCACAAGGAGGUUGCUGUGCUGCUGCUCCUGUGUGGGAGGUGAAGACAAGGCCCUGCCACCAGGCCAGAGCCAGAGAGGGCAGAGCGGAGAGAGGGAUACCCAGCCUGAGUGGACCAGUCUGGGGGAGCAGGCGGAGGACCAGGGGGUGUCAGAGGAGGGAGAGGCCAGUGCUAUUCACAUCACUGUGGAGGAUCUGAGGGUAGGUCAGGCUCUGGGGCUGGUCAACCCCAGCUUCACCCUGACUGGAGAAGAGGAGGAGGAGGAGGAGGAGGAGGAGGAGGAGGAGGAGGAGGGGGUGAAGGAGGGGGCACUAGUCCAGAGGUUCUGCACUGUUAGUCGAUCUGCCAGCUAUGGGUCAGCCGUCUGCAGAGCUCUGAAAAAGCCUCUCGCCUCCCUGCCUCUCCAGCCUGGAGGAGACCUUGGGAGGGGGAGCAAGGAGGAACAGGAGGAGAAGAUGGAGGUAGAGGAGGACCCAAUAUUGUUCGACACACCUGUCUACUCAGGUACAGAUAGCCUCCUGACUCCGCCUGUCAUCAACCUGAUCCCGCCCACUCCCUCUGACAUCAUAAAUGACGACCAAUUCUUUGACGACAUCCUCGUGGCGCAAACGUCUGGGACUGAUAGCGAUGGGAGGAGCUACGCCGGCGGGGAAGAGCAGGAGGAGAGUGAGGAAGAGGAGAGGAUGGAACAGGACGUCUUGGAGCAGGAGACGGAGGAGGAGGAGGAGGGGACCAACACAGACACUGAGACCCAGGAGAGGCAGGCGGUGGAUGGGAGGAAAGGGGAUCUAGGAGAUCCAGACCUGGAGGUGUUCCUCAAAGCUCCAGCCACUGAGAGGGAGGGGGAGGUCAGGGUCAGGGCUGUUGAGGGGGAGAAGGAGAGACCCAAGCCCAGCUUCCUCCGUAGUGCCUACCAGGUGGCUCCUCUACCUGAGUACCCAUGCAAGAGUGAGUCCCUCUCACCAUUAGGACCUGCCCAUCCCUUCUCUCUCUGGUCUGUUAUAAUAGGACCCAUCACUCUACUACAGUCCCAGAAACUCUACACCCUUUCAAAAGGAAUUCAACCAGUGUGAUUUUUUUGUUUAAUCUCUGAAAUAUUUGAUCCAAAUGGAUUUAUUUGUCAUCUUUUCUAUUCUAGGGAGCUUCAACACAACCAUCAACCAGCUGUUGUUCACUGAGCACAACCUGGGUGAGUGA